AUGUCGCCAUCGUGUGAACCUGUGGUUCUUGCCACAACGCAGAAGAAGCACGGUUCCCAUUCACAUGUGAAAGGAAUGAACAAGCUCUUGUUAAAAUUCCUAAUGAUAGUAGCAUGUUGUGUGUUGCAAAUUGUUAUCAUUCCAUGCACUACGACACAUGCUUUGACUCUUGAAGACCGAUUUGCUCUUAGUCUAGCCUCCAUUCAAGCCAUUCAUGAUAAAUUCUUUCAAGGUACAAAAGGGAGUGCCUCCACAGCCAUCAUCUUUCGUAAUGAAACAUUGGGAGAGAUUUUUGCAGGACAAGCCUUUGAGAAUGUUCCAAACGUGAAACCCACAAGAGAUACCAAGUACAGAAUUGCAUCGGUCACUAAAACUUUUGUAUCGGCUGCCAUGAUGGUACUGAGGGAUGAAGGUCGUUUGGAUUUGGAUCAAUCUGUUUUGGAUUUUGUACCCGAGUUUAAAGCCUUUCCGAAUCCAUUGGGUUUCUCCUCGAAUAUGACAUUCCGACAAUUAAGCUCUUACAUGUCGGGAUUGCCACGAGAAGCUCCUUGUGUGCUGUUUGAUUGCGACUUUUCAAAUGCGCAAAUGAUUGAUCGUAUUAAGAAGAAUGGCUUGUUUCUAGUGAGGGAUGGAGAUCAUUUCCCAAUCUAUUCCAAUUUAGGAUAUUCGUUGUUGGGACAUGGUUUGGAAAGUGCAGCAGCCAUGCAGUUCGAGCAAGUCAUUGCAACUCGAAUUUUGGAUCGUCUCGGAAUGAAGAAUACUGGUUUUGUAACCAAAGAUAAUUUGAAUACGUUACAACUUGCUACGGGCUAUCAUCACAACACUCCCAUCUAUAGCAAUAACAGAACCAUUUCAUGGAAUCAACCAGCAGCAGGCAUGUACAGCUCUUUGGGAGAUUUACAGCUCUAUGUGAAAAAUUUAUUGGCAGCCUUUGUUCAGAGUGCUGACACAUUUCCACAAACCAGCAUCUUGAAAAAACAAACCAUGAGAGAAUUUUUGAGCGCCCAACACAUUCUUUCACAUGGAACAGCUGCAGUUGGAUUGAGUUGGGAGAUGGUAUUUUACAACAUGUUCUCAAGUUGGGCCAUUAUGAAGAGCGGUCUCAUUGGUGGUUACAAUGCUCAAAUUGUGCUAUUGCCAAAAUAUGAAAUGGCCGUGAUUACAUUACUCUCCAAGGAUGACGGAGCUCAAGCUUUGGCUCUGCAAUCGGCCAUGACCAUUGUUGCAUCUGUUAGCGACUAUUUGGAUUCAUUGAGAAUGAAGGACUUGUCAGAGAAAACAUCCUCUCUCGUUCCAAACGUUGUGCCAUUUGUUGGAAAUUACAAGACUGAGAAACAAUCCGCUGCAUCGAUUGCCUUACAUAAUACAUCCACAACACAAGUAUUGAAAUUGAAAAAUGUAUUGGGAACAGAAUUGUCAUCAACAUUCUUAAUGCCCACACCAAGUAACGGUGCAAGUUCUUUUAUCGUACAGGCACAUGCUGUCCCCACAAGGUUGCAAUACGAAACAGGAAUUGGAGGAAGUAGAAUUGAAUUUUCACAAGAUUUCCAGAAUUUCACAGCACUUGACCUGGGUGUACAAUUCAUGAACAAGUCAUCGGGUUCCAACGUGGCACGUCGACCUGUAUCUCUCAGAUCCACACAAAAUAUUCCUGUCGUGUGCAAUUUCAUUCCAAAAGACGUUGCCUUAAAGACUCCAAUUGCAGAUUCAUCAAUUUUGAAUUUAUUCGAACAGCUGAAACAAGAAAUUUCCGCUUUAAUGAAACAGCAAAACUCUUCAGCUUUUUUAAAAAUCACCUACAGAGGUCAAGCUGUGUAUGAUGCUGCUUUUGGUGAUUCAAGUAUUUCACAACAUUCCAUCUUUAGAAUUGGAACCUUGACACAACUUUUUACUGCUGCAGCCACUCUCAUUGCCAAAGAAAAAGGAAUUAUUAGUUCUUUGGACGAUCCUGUGAAUCGCUACGUCUCUGGAAUUACCUUCCAAGAAGUCAUUUCAAAUAGUAACAUGUUCUCGAAUAACAUGACAUUUAGACAACUCAUGCAGCAUGCUUCAGGCUUACCCUCCGGAAUUCCAUGUGACUUGUUAAAUUGUAAUAUGAAUUGGAAUACUUAUCUGCAAGAGGCUCUUUCAAAAUUUAGAAUGAUUCAGCCAUCCUAUAAUUCUAGAACUGUUUCUACACUAGGUUAUGCCAUUCUUGGAAAUGUCUUGUCUCAAGUGACAGGCACAUCGCUUGAAAACUUUAUCAAGACCAAUAUUUUGAAUCCUCUUGGAAUGUCCAAUACUGGCUUCACGUACACGACAAGUGUUAAAAAUCAACUUGUUUUAGGACGUGACCUGAAGGGUCAAUUAUUGAGUAGUGAGGUUGACAAUUUGUACAUUCAAGAAGCCUCUGCCCAAAUGUACUCGACUGCAAGUGACAUGUCCAUCUUUUUAAAUUGUCUCUCGAGUCUCAAUCGAGAAUGUCCAAUUUUGAAGAGGGAACGCUCUCGAUCCUUGCUCCUCCGUAAUUACCUAUCUGAUGAUUUUUCUAUGAGCACAGGAUUGGGCUCAUGGCAACACGAAUUUAAUGCAGGUUUCUGGAUUGCUUCCAAAUAUGGAACUAUUAAGGGAUACAAUUCCUAUGCUGGAGUGAAUGAUGAAAUUGAUUUAGCCAUCACAUUGCUCACAUCUACCGAGUAUCCAGUAGCCAAUGAGUUGGUCAGAAACAAGACUCUCAUUCCACAACUAGUCUCUACUUUCACUUCUGUUCUCAAGCAGCAACCUUCGUACUUGAUGGCAAAUCUUUCCAUUCCAAACUCUCUCGCCUUGAUUCAAGACAUGGUUGGUGUCUAUCAAGUAUUUGAUCAGUUCUUGUUAUUCACUCAAUAUCUCCAGAUUGAGUAUGACACAACGAAUGGAUUGUUGACAUUUGCGUUUGUUGAAAAUGCUACACCUGGUCCAUCGAAUAGUCCUCCUACUUUUGCUUUGCAAAUGAUGGAUCAAACUAGCAUGACGUUCAAGGUGACGACAUUGGGAUCGUUGUCAUGUAUGGGUAAUGUUUUGACAGGCAUUGAAGGCGCCGUUGUUAAAUUUAAUAUGGCCAACGGCAAAGUAGAAUCUUUUUCCAUGCCUUCGCUCAAUUAUGGCAGUGAUUUCAUCAAGAUUAAGGCAAGACCAUCUACAAGCAGAACAAUUUCAGGUGCAUUUGUACACAGAGGAAUGAGUUGUGCUUCAUUAUUACUUGUGCUUGUAUUGGUGAUAGGAAUGAUAUUGCAUGUAACAAAUUAA